AAGCGGUGGUUUAAGCAUUCCUACAGUUGGGGCAACGGAAAAAGGAUUGUGAGCAUUUGUUGGACACAGAAAUAGAUUAUAGAUCGAUCAUUGGUCUCUCACACUCACACACACACACACACACACGCACGCUCUCUCCUUUCCCGAUUCCACUGCGCAUUUGAGAUGGGGAUAUACCUCAGCACUCCCAAAACAGACAAGGCCUCUGAAGAUGGGGAGAACGACAGGCUUCGCUUCGGUUUGUCUUCCAUGCAGGGCUGGCGUGCUUCCAUGGAAGAUGCUCAUGCAGCUCAUCCAUAUUUAGACGAGUCUACAUCUUACUUUGGUGUUUAUGAUGGUCAUGGAGGCAAAGCUGUUUCAAAAUUCUGUUCCAAGUAUCUACACCAGCAGGUGCUUAAGAGUGAAUCUUACCAAGCUGGUGAUAUAGGCACAUCUUUACACAAAUCUUUCCUCAGAAUGGAUGAGAUGAUGCGUGGACAAAGAGGUUGGAGAGAAUUAGCAGUCUUGGGAGAUAAAAUAGAAAAGUUGUCUGGUAUGCUAGAGGGUUUUAUAUGGUCUCCCAAGAGUGGUGAAGCCAAUGACCGCAUCGAUGAUUGGGCUUUUGAGGAGGGACCCCAUUCCGAUUUUGGUGGACCAAACUCUGGAAGCACAGCUUGUGUGGCUGUCAUCCGAGGAAAAAAACUUGUUGUUGCUAAUGCUGGAGAUUCUAGAUGUGUCUUAUCAAGGAAAGGCCAGGCACACAAUUUGUCUAAAGAUCACAAGCCUGAUCUGGAGGCUGAGAAAGACAGGAUUCUAAAAGCUGGUGGUUUCAUCCAAGUUGGACGGGUCAAUGGAAGUUUGAACUUGGCUAGAGCAAUUGGAGAUAUGGAAUUCAAGCAGAAUAAGUAUUUGCCUGCCGAAAAGCAGAUUGUGACAGCUGAACCGGACAUAACUUCAGUUGAGCUUUGUGAUGAUGAUGAGUUUCUUGUAAUAGCUUGUGAUGGAAUAUGGGAUUGUAUGUCUAGCCAACAGCUUGUGGACUUUAUACAUCAUCAAUUAGAGACGGAGAAUAAACUUUCUGCGGUUUGUGAGAAAGUAUUUGAUAGGUGCUUGGCACCGACAGCUGGAGGUGAAGGUUGUGAUAACAUGACCAUGAUAUUGAUUCAGUUCAAAAAACCUUCCAGCCCAGAUGCUUCAGUUGCGAACCAGCCCCAAUCGUCUGCCCAAUCAUCUGCCCAAUCUUCUGCGCAGCCCCAAUCAUCUGAAGCUGAUAGAAGUUCAGAGAAAAGAGAAUCAAAGUGAGAGAAUUUGGGACCUGACUUGAUAGCCAUCAAUUUCUUACUACAUACAUUGGUGAGCAAAGGUUCCUGGGUACUAGUUUAUAUCCAGAUUUAAGGAUGUUAAUUGUCAAUAGGGGAUUGUAAAUUUGUGACAAACUACUAAUUAAUGGGGCUAAUAUUGGCUUUGUACAUAAGCGUGGGUGUCUAUGUCUACCCAAAAAAAGAUUCAACAAGCAUACUGAUACACAUUGGAUGGCUAAAAUCACCUUUUUGAAAACUUGCCAAUGCCAAUAUGAGCGCCCACCGGAAGAGUGCGUAAACGAUCGUGUCUGGGUUCAUUAUCCAUGAUCAGUACAAGUUUCUUAAGGAUUUGGUGCAAUGUACGGACUUAUAUACAGGUAAUCCUUUUGUUUCUGCACUACAAAGAGUCAAAGACCCCUCCGUGGGUUGAUGCACCCGUGAUGCUCUUGACAUUAUUGCUAUAUUUCUUUUUUGGAAAGUAUACUUCCUCCGUGAUUUUUUGUUUGGUUUUGUUAUAUCUACGUUUAUUUAUAUGCAAAUUUAAAUUACUGGUUCCAAAGUCAUUUUGGAAACGCUGAGGAUCUUGAUACCCGAUAAAAAUGUUAAUAUAACUUGGUUCAA